UUACUAUUCUUUUGGUUUAUUCUUUAUCGCAUCUGUAAUUAUUUUUACACCAAUGUUAGCUUUAUUCAUGCAAUUAUUUAUUGUCCCUUACUAUCCUUGUAAAACUGAUUCUAAACUUUCCUUUUUCUCACAAUCAUUAGAAGUUGUCUGAGCUAUAUAAACGAUCGACUCGUACAUGUAGUUAUAGAAAUCAGAUGGAAAAGCACGUUUGGCGCUAGGAGUCAACUCGCAUUUUCUGAUAGUAAAUAGAAAGUACUCGUUCUAACAGCUCUUUUUGUUUGCAACGUGCUCGUUAAACUUCCUUUUGUGAUACCCUUUAACGUUUAUUUAAUUAAUUUAUUUUUAUACUUAGUUAAAUAAUUCUUGAUCCUUAAAAAAAAAAGAACGUUUCGUUCCUACUGUAUUUUUAUAAGAUACAGUAUGUUUAAUUUACUUAACUUUUAUCGUGACGAACAGUAAGAUUGAAUGUUUGUAAUCAUCAAGUUUCAUUACUGUGGUGCACGGGUUUCCAAAAUAAUUCCCGUUUACGUUACGUGUACAAAAUGGAAACGGAAGAAUAUGAUAAUCCUAAGGAAAUAAGAGCAACAUUAGAAACAUAUAAGAAGUUAGCUGACGAUUUUUCUAACCAUGACACAAUCUUAAAGGAUAAAACGGUGUUGUCCUACAUAGCUUAUAUUCUCGAAGUACCUUAUUUAGAUAUUAUUAAUCUCUCAUUAGAUAUUUUGGAAUUGUUUAUUAAAAAUGCUGAUAAUUAUUUACACAUAACCUCUACUUUUGGAAUAAGAGAAGCCUUAGACGCCGUUGUAAACAGAUUUAUAUUGAGUGAACCAGAAAUAUCUAAAAGGGCACAACAUCUGAAAGAUAACAUAGAACGUAUGAAACCACCCAUAUAUAAUUUACGUAGUAGGUGCAGGAUCAUCGAACGAAAAAAAUUAAAAACUCAUGUAAUUGUAUUACAUGUCCAAGGCUUGUUACCGGAGACUAGAUCUGAACUGGAAUCUACACUGAUCAAAAUUGAAGGAUUGAUAUCUCUUGUGAUAGACGUUGAACAUCAACGCGUUACCAUGCGUACAUUGAAUAACGUUACAGCUAAACUAAUUGCUGAAGCUAUACAAGAAAAUUUAGAUAACAUGGAGGCAUGGCUAGUUACAAAAAAUAAAUUCAAUCAAGAAUUUCUAGUUAGACUGACCCAUAAAGAAGAUACCGAUGACAUUGAGAAUAUGCCAGAAUACUUACCGGAAGAAGAAGAGCAAGAAGAUGGAAAAGAAGGAGUCGUAUCUUUAUUUAGUGGUUUAAGACAAAGUGCUUCGUCGUUAUACAAAUCUACAGCAGAAUUUCUUCAUAAUUCUUUUUAUUGGUAAAUCAUUAUUGAUAAAUUAAUCAGUUCGAAUCAUGAAACUGUUCUGCAAAUAAGAACAUAUUUAAUGAAUCUUUUCAUUUAUAUGACUAAAGACUUUUAAAUCAAUAGUUAUUAUUUAUGAUGAUCUAAAUAUCACUUUUUAUGGAUAUAUUUGUUCUCUUUAAAUUUUGGUUUCUCUUUAUAAGAGUAUAGCAUUAUAAAUAUUGUAAAGAUAACAAAAAGUCUCGUGCAUGUACCUAUUUAUCAAGUUCAUAUUUGAACUAUAAUGUACAUAUAUCUCGAAUUAUCUCGAAUUUUCUUAAAAAAAAUAAAGAUGUGUUGUAAGUUAUAUAGAAUUAUAUGUGAUCAAAAACAAUUAAAUCUUUUAGGCUUUUACUUAUUUACUUAUUUAUGCUGCGUAUGACUUCUUAAAAAUAACAUAUUAUACAUCAACGUAUUAAUCGUCAAUUUUAAUUUAACAAUUUCCAACGCAAAUUAUAUUUUAAUGUUUAAAAAGUAUACAUCUAACGUUGUUAAAUGUUAUAAAAAAGAUUCGUAAAGAGAAUGGAUAUUAUGAAUAUAAAAAAUGUGUUAUUUAGAAUAAAGCAUAAUGAUGCAUUGUUCGAUAAUUAUCGUUUUCUCCUUUUUUUUUUUCUUUUUUUUCAUAUCAAUAGUUAAAAUAUUAAAAUAUUCCCUAAAUAGAAGGAGCGAGACAAUGACGAUAAUUCUAUAAAUGUUUAGAAGAAUUGUUAAUUGCAAAGUUCAAACUAUCAUUGUAUUUUUUAUAUAAAUGUGAAAAAAAAAUUCUAUCAUUUCUCAGGUACUUUUUGCAAUAUUCCUAUAGUAAUAUUCGAUAUAUAAUAUUCUAAGUUAAUACAUAUAAUGUAUAUGUACCAUAUAGUGCAAUAUUUAAAAAUAUUUAAAUUAAUGUUAGUUUAAUAAAAUAGUAAUUAAAUCACAAAGUCACGCACAUUAGGCCGUAUCAAUGAACUUUAUUAUACAUAACAUUAAUUUUUGUGUAGCAUUUCUAUUAUCAAAGAAUAAUAGACUUAAUCAAAUUAGCUGCCAAUGCAUGGAAAGGGAUAAUGUACACACUCGUGUGUGUAGCCGUCAGCAUAAAUAUGUUGAAUACAACAUAUAUAAUUCUUAUACAAAGUAUACUUCUACACACUUUAUAAAUCAUCUUAAUCAAGUGAGCACAUCAAUACAUUGCCUAUAAUCUUAAAGUACUAUUCCUUUAAAUCUACAUUGUAUUGUCCAUAUUUACAGACAUAUAAUAAUUGUCAUUAAGGCAAUCUGAGUUUCAAAGCAGGUACAAUAGAUGGAUGCGAAAUAUUACGUUGUAAAAUAUAGAGUAAACUAUAUUUCACAGUCAGACGCGCAUAAGAGAGCUGCGUAAUAGUUUCAUUGCUUGUAAUUUGACAGAAUGAGUAUAUCGUCAGAAUACAAUUAAACGCUAUCAUCAAAAUUUGUUUCUGAACUCAGAUUUUAUGACUUUUAUAAUUUUCUAUAUAAAAUGAUUUAUUUAAAUGGUAAGCUAGACUAAAAUGACGGACUUCAAUAUAUAUAUAUAUAUAAUAAUAAUAAGAAUCAUUAUUUCGUUCUAACGAUGAUCUAAUGACUAAAAAUUAGGAAAAAUGCAUGAAUUAUGUUAUCUGCUUUGGAAAACAGAAUGAGUAUAAACAAUUAAGUACAAUGUGUGUGUGUGUGUGUGUGUGUGUGUAUGUAUUUAGUAUUAAAUAUGUCACCCGCGCGUUAUAUCUUUAAUGACAAUUGUACAUACAUAUUGCUUUUAUCAGCUCUUAUUUAUUCUCUCUUUUUAUAUUUAUCUCUUUUAUUUUCAUUUUAUAUUGGUGUUUUCUUAAAUUUAGAAUCAUGUAAGAACAUAUACCUAGAACCUCGAUUAUCCGAAACUACUAUGGAAUUGAUCUCUUUGAAAUAGAACAUUUUUUUCGGAUAAUCAAAUUCAAUGACAAUACUCAACUUUAUCAUGCUAUUGUAUUUAUAAAGGAAAUCAUUUUUUUCAAUCAUUAUUUUUAAAUAGUCGAGAAUAUACGAAUAUUUUAAUUAAAUUAGUAAUAAUAUUUUAUUAUAAGUUCUUUUCAUUUUGUUUAUACACUUAAAUGUAAUAUUUCGAAUAAUCAAAAUUCUAUUAGAUGCCAUAUUAUGUUUCAGGAAUUAUUUUGAAAGACUAUACUUUGUAUAUAUAUAUAUAUAUAUAGCAACUAUCUUUUCGAAUUUAUAUAAAUUGACGCGCUUUAUACAAAUGGCCAUCAGUACUCGUGUCACGUUAAUUACCUAAUUAUUGUUAACAUUUAUUUUCUUCUUCGUUAUUUGUGAAAAAUACUUUCAUUAUCCUUUCUAAAGUGAAAUCUCUGCUCCUAUGCAAAAUGUUUGCAACAUACUAUUAUUUGAUCUACUUCUUUCGCAUGCUAUUCAUAAUGAAAUUGUGAUAUUGUUCUAAAUAGUUUAUACAAAAUAAAUUCGUUAAACCCAUCAUACAAAUUACUGGAAUGAUCAAUUUGUUAAUGCACUCAGAUAUUUGUACAGGAUAUAUAAUCCAAAGUCUUAUCGCAUUGUACCAUUACUGAUUAUGACUUACCAAAGACAAUGUUUAUACAAUGUUUAUUUGGUAUACUAGAAGAGAAACUAUUUUUAUAAUUGUAUCUUUAUAUCAGUUGAACUUGCGUCAAGAAUUAUUUCCAAGUCGUUUACAAAGGUACAAUUUUACGUUAUAUAACACAAAGGAACUAUAAAUAAAGGAAAUAACCAUAAAGAAA